CCCAUGAAUCAGGGGGGAGAGGGAAGGAGGAGCUACAUUCCUAAUUUAUGGGAUCUAACAAAUCUAUCCACCAAACAACGAUUUCUAAAAAGAAUGAAACAAAAACCCACCUCCACCGUUCUGGGAGCUUUUGAUUUGGUUAUCAUUUCAGGUCUUCAUUUCUAUUACUGCCCAUUUGAUCUCCAAAAGAUCAUAUAAAUUCCUGCAAUUUUUAUUAUUGCCUUGAUGUCCCACUUGCAUUUCAAUCAAAACCCAGUUUUCCUUAUAUGGGUUUUCCAUUGAAUCUUUUUAUCGGUGUUAUUUCUUGAGAUUGCCAGAACUUUAGUAUGUUUUGAUACUGUACAUUUGUAUAAAAUUCUUCCGUUGUUUAUAGAUUGUUUGAGAUGGGUAUUGACGCAAAGAAUGUUCCAGUGUACAUGUGGAAAACUCUUAGAUUUCUUAUGAUCACCAGUUGUAGAUUCAUACAGAAGUACCCUUUUGUUUCGGGUACUUUAAUAUUCUUCUUCCUUCUGUAUAUGUUCCUUCCAAGAGUUUUCUAUCUUUCGAUUUAUUCUUCUCCAUUCAUUGCUUGUACUACUGUUUUUGUUCGAGUUUAUUUCAAGUCACAACGACAAAAUGUGGUAAGGAAUGGAAAGGAGGAGGAACGAAUAUCAAGAUCCAAGUCUCUUGCAGCUGAUGGUGUUGUCAAUAGAACUGACGGUGCAUGUUCUCUGCGGCACCAGAAAAGUGUUCGAAGAAAUUUCACAGAGAAGAACAGAGAAUGGAAUGCUCGGGAUUUGAAAAUGGGAGAAAAUAUAUUUCCUAAGGCAACUUUGGAUGAUACUUUGUUUGGCAAGUCUGUGCAGAAGGAAGAAGUUCCAAACUUAGACACCGAAGAGAAAAAAGAGUUUUGUUUGAAUCAAGGAGAAAGCGCCACCUGUAGUGCAUCUGCUCCCAGAAAUGUUCAAAUAUUUGAUGAACACCGGCCAGUUUUUGUUCCUGAACCAUCAAAGCUUGAUAUCGCCUCACAAAAUGGCUACGAUGAGCAAUCAGAAAAGUAUUAUGGUAAUGGAGCCAGCGAGCUAGUUGUUUCUAGCUCAGAAGGAGAGGAGGAUGAAGAAGAGGCGCGAGAGGAUGGGAAUAAUAAGGCUGUAGAAUGGACUGAGGAUGAUGAAAAGAAUCUUAUGAAUCUUGGGGAUUCUGAGUUAGAACGAAACAAAAGGUUGGAGAGCCUACUAGCAAAACGAAGGUCAAUAAAUUUAUAUCGAAUGCACGCUAAGAAAAAUUUGAUUGACAUGGAUAGUGUUCCUGUGACUCAAGUAGCUCCCGUUCUUAUUUCAAGAAAUAACCCUUUUGAUAUCCUAGACAAUCCCAAUGACCUUCUGGGCUUGCAAAUUCCUGGUUCUGCUCCUUCUGUUUUGUUACCUGCAAGGAACCCAUUUGAUUUCCCAUAUGAUCCACUGGAAGAAAAGUCUGAUCUUGCAGCAGACAGUUUCCACCAAGAAUUUGCAGUCCCUCAUCAGAAAGAACUGCUCUUUUCCAGGCAUGAGAGCUUUUCUUGGGGACCCGUUUCCCCAUUAGAACCCAAUCAACUUGAACAUGAGCCUACUAUAAAUCAUGUUUUCAAUAUUGAUAACAAGGCACCACAGGGCUCAGGAUUAUCUAGAUUCAAAACCCAGCGAGCUAAUAGAACAGUUAUCAUCCCGAGAAGGUGGUACCAUGUUUCGUACUUGAGUGCAACUGAUCUUGUGACUCAAGGUCCCCCGCCCUCAAAUCAAGUUACAAGCAAAGCUGAAAGCAAUAAGGAAAGUGACAGUCACCUUGAUAUGAAAGGAGCAGAGAUGAGAAAAGAUAAAGAUAAGGAGUUCAGCUUAAGUUGUGGAAGCGAAACUCAAAUGAAGAAAAAUUCAGAGAACAACAAUGAUGGAUCAAGUACGUUAUUUUCAUCAGAAGAUGAUGAACAUAACUUCAAUCUAAAUAGACCUAAAGUUUCAGAAGUGCUGCAGCCAACAGUGGAUAAAUUUCCAGAGGCAUUUAGUGGAGAUAUGAAGAAAACCUUGAUUUGCCCCUUGCCAAAGAGGAAAACUGUAAGUGAGCCUUCAUACAAUUCAAGUCCAUCUGCAGCUGACAUGCCGAAAAUGGAAGACCGCCCAUUCUACAUGCCUAGCCUCUCCAUUGCUUCAGACUUGCAAGUGGAGGUCUCAGAAUUAGGUUCUCCUCUGACAAUUGACGGAAAUGUUUCAUCUGGUGAUGAAGAUUCCUUGACAUAUGAUGGGGACAUAGAUAGAGAUAUUACUUCUGGUAGUGAAGAAAUGUGGGGCGCCUCAUUUCACGGAGUUAGAGAAGACGAAUCAAGGUUGAGAGAAACUAAUGAGAUCAAUGAGGAGGAUGCCAUGGGUGAACACCUUUCAACUGUGGAGAACAAGUCAGAGAAUCCAUUUGGACAAUCCAUCAUGUCCGAAGAAGUAGAAGAUCAAGAUUCAAACUAUGCAAGUUCAGCCUCGUCUUUGAGAAAUGAAACGCCUCAAGUGAGUCAUGCAUCAAUGCAUUUCUCAGAUACUGUCAAACAAGUAGCUGAAGAAGUUGGUUAACAUAGGUCUUCUACUUCUACUGGUGCAUUGUCAACUGAAGCAGCAGUGAAGGUUAUGCAUCAUGAGCAGGGAUCAGUGGCUUGCUCUCCUCGAGAAGUGAUUCCAGAAAAGCUAGAGGAGGUAAAGGAGGUUUAUGAUGUGGAUGAUCCAAUAGUGCACGCAAACGGAGAAUCUUCAAAACCAGCUGAUGAAGGUGGCAAUGGUGAUAAGACUGUUGAGCAUCAAGCUGUGCUGGAACAGGGAACACCAUCUGAG